AUGAAACGCUCUCGACUCGGGGAGGCAGCGGAACGAGAUGCAGCGAAUCCUAGCGGGGAUGCAGGAAACGGAGAGGUUACUGUAGGGUUGGGAUUCGGGUCGAGAGACGACGGCGGGGCGCGCCCGGUACCUUCUGGCGGCGGGUCGGGAGGGGGAAUUGGCUCCUCGCAUGCUCGUCUCUUGGCCGUGUCCGCCUGUAUCGCCAUCAUUGUUGUGUGCUUCCCUUCAUCCCUUGUGUGCCUUGUCCUGUCGCCUCUGCAGCUGCUUCAAAAGGCUGGCUGGCAUGAGGGCCGCGGGCUGGGAGUUGCUGAACAGGGUCGACUCGAUCCAGUCCCCCCGUCGCUCAAAUUCGACAAGGUUGGCCUUGGCGGUCCAUCCUCUUCGCACGUCCCUUUCUCCUCGAGUUCCCAGUCAGCCCCUGCUCUCUCUCACAUACCCCGUCAUGUGGUCAGCCAACCACACACGGCACAAUCCACAACUGGUAUUGCUGGCUCAGGCUUCUCCCGUGCUGUCUCUGAUGCUCUUGACAACGAUUUUGAUGUUGGGGCUGGUGCCAGUGCUUCUGAUGCUGAUGGGGGAAAGAGUAGAAGUGCGAGGCGGCGACAAAAGAAACAGAAGGCAGGGCAGCAAGCAGAGAAGGAGCAGAUGCUGCAGCAGUGGCUGUAUCGUGAAUUUUUUCCUGAUAAUGUGUAG